GCUGACAACAACAGCAAAAAGAAGCCCAGCGAGAGGCUGGCAUUUUGAUUAAUACCCAUCGACGACUACGAUAAACAACAUGUUAGGGAAGGUAACCAUGACAACGGCUCUUGUACUUCUGACGACGCUGUCAUCGAUGCUGUCAUUGGCUGAAACGGCUGACGUUAAAUGCAAUGUUACUUCCGCUUUUGGAGACAGAGAUAUACGGUAUAUCUUCGAGGACGUCAACAACGUAGACUCCAGCUUUGACGCCGGCGGCAAUGUGUCCACCUCACUGACCGCUGUGACUAUCGCCGCGCAGCUCUUGUGGCCCGGGGACCUCAUGCAGAGUGUCACAGUCGCUGUCAAGUUCGGUAUCGCCGGAUGUUUCUGGUACUGUAGCGGGGCCCUCAUCAACCUGGCUCUGUUCCCGCUACUGUCUUUUAAGUUCAAAACUCGGGCCCCGGGGGCGAAGACUUACUUACAGGUUAUUUUGGCGCGUUUUGGACGGCCGGCCCACUCAGUGUUCUGUUUCUUCGCCCUGUUGGUGAAUGUGCUCAUACUGUCGACUAUACUGGUGGGAGGUGUGGCGGUGGUACAGUCGACGACGAAAGACGCGUCCCCGGAGUUCUGUAUCCUGGUGCUCGUGACGCUGUGUGGAAGCUACUCCUUCAUCGGAGGUCUCGGCUCUACCUUUUACGUGAGCUACUUCAACGCGCUCACCACCUUUGUCGUGCUCAGCUAUCUCGUGCUCAGCAUGUUUUAUCUGGACGAUUUGCCGUUCGGUGACUUGGAGGAGAUCUACAACAAAGUCAACUGUCUGCCUGACGUGGAGGGAAACACAGACGGCAGUUACUUCACCUUCCUCUCAGAGGGCGCUGUCAUCUUCGGACUCAGCAGUAUAUUUCUGGUGACCAGCAUCACGUACUGUGACCAGGCCAGCUGGCAGAGCCGUAUCGCCGCGCGCCCUCUCCAGGGAGCCCUGGGUUUCCUCCUGGGCGGUUUCAUCUGGUUCUCCGUCCCGGCCACCAUCGGCACAGCGGCGGGUGUGACGUAUCUAGCGGUCAGCGCCACUGACCCAGACAGUCUGCUCAGUGAGGCGCAGGUCAACUCGGGCAUUGUAUCCACGUUCAUGUCAGAGAAAGCCCUGGGCAAGCAGGGAUCUAUCCUGAUGCUGACAAUGGAUUUAUCCUGA